GAAAAGGGGGUCCCCCCCUUUUUUUUCCUUUUUUCUCUCUCAAGCCUGCCCUGAGACUGUUUCUACUCAGUAAAUUGCACUGCCAUGGUGGCACAAACACUUAAAACUCUGAGAGAAAAUAAUUUCUCUGGCCAGAGGAGUUGGGAAAGAGACUUCUGGAAACGAGCAUGCUGGGGAAAUCUCAGGGAGAAGAGAACUGAGAGGAGAUUUCCUAAUUGUGAGUGUGAACCCAUAAACAUCCCACCUCACUCAUGAGCUACACAUGCACAGAACAGACCCAAAGAAAGACAGCAAAGACUUAGAGAACUGAACUGUGAUAUAAACCUCCGUUCAGAUCCAGACUUGCCUCUGAGUGAUGCUUGCAGAGGAUAAACCCAAGUAACAUAGUAAAAAUAAAGGCUUUAAAAACUGAACUGACAUUCGAACUGCCACCCACAGAAGCAAUUUCAGAACUUGCAGUUUAAACUUACAUAAAUUGAGUUAUCCAGAAGAGGUUAAUAGAAUCUUGAGUUUCAUAACCUAGUAUCUAAGAUAUAAGUUAUAUCUAAGAUAUUAUCCAAAAUUACUUGACAUACAAAGAAACUGGGCAAUCUGAUCACUUUUUAAGGGAAAAGACAAUAAACAUGCCAAACCUGAGAUGAGCCAGAUGAUGGAAUUAUUGUAACGGUUGCUUUAAAGUCUUUUUCUAUCUGUACUCCUUGAGGUAAAAGUGAACACUCUUGAAAUGAAUGGAAGCAUCGUUCUCCUCUGAAAACCAGAAACCAUGUAAAGGAAUCAAAUGGAAAUUUCAGAACUGAAAAAUACAAUAUAUGAAGUACGAAUUUACUGGCUCAAUAGCAGACAUAAAGAUAAAUCCAUAGAAAUCUCACAUCCUCUGUCUUCUGUAUCAAGGGUGUGUCUCUGUUCUAUAAUACUUGUCAAGGCCAAGUUGCACCUUAUGAAACCUGGUCAUAGGCCUUCUGGCUGUGAUUCAUACGUCCUCUCUUAUCCUUAAUUACUCCUGCUUGCAUUCUACAAAGAUGUGUCUGCAGUGUGAGCCCCGUCUCCCUUGCUACUCCAUAGAUUCAGAUAGGGUCUCGGCCUACCAUUUUUUAAGACCUUCUCAUUUCAGGGGAGGAUCCAGCAACUAGUUUAAAUCAGUUUAAGCAAGUUUAAAAAACAGUAAUAGUCAACUAAGAGACCCAUGUAUAUUUAUUUCAAAGCUUUGAAAGUAAAUAGGGAUAGAGAGAUAAGUAGAAAUGGAUAGCAAAUAUGAUUCAUACUGAAAAAUCUUACAAUGUAAAAAGAGUAAGUUUAUCUUGAAAUGUAGGUAUAAUGAUUAUUUUAGUGAAGAAGAAAUACCGUAUGGUAAUUUUCUGAAUAAUUUGUGGUUCAGGAUGCAUCUAAAGAUAUUUGAACUAGUUUUCAGAUGGUUGGGAACUUGCUUGGCCUACUUGGCUGCACAAAAGCAACCUGGCAGUUUACUCGAGUUUUAAUAGGUCAAAACAACUGCCUGUUUUAUAAAGUGAUUAUCCUGCAAAAAGUUAGAGGAAUACUUGUGGCUUUAAAAAUUGGUAUCUUUUUAGUGGCAUUUUACGUGGUUCUGGUGGCCAUAUAAUAUGUCAAAGCAUUAUCAUAUUUGUAUAUAUUGGUUUUAAGUUUUUAAAUAUCUCAUGAGCUGGUAUUUUCAUAAUAUUACUUAAUCAAAUUUCCUGGGGCGCCUGGGUGGCUCAGUUGGUUAAGUGUCUGACUUUGGCUCAGCUCAUGAUCUCACGGUUUGUAAGUUCGAGCCCCGUAUGGGGCUCUGUGCUGACAGCUCAGAUCCUGGAGCCUGGUUCAGAUUCUACGUUUCCCUCUCUCUCUCUGCCCCUCCUCUGCUCAUGCUCGCUUACUUGCUUUCUCUCUUUCCCUCAAAAGUGAAUAAACAUUAAAACAAAAUUUAAAAAAAAUCAAAUUUCCUAACAGGUUCCUGGAGAUUUUUAGCACUAAUGAAAUUCUAUACUUCCUCUAGGUUGAUAAAAUUUAUGCAUUCAUUUCCUCUCUCCCUUUCCCCUCCCCCUCCUCCUCCCUCUCUCUCCUGCUUCCUCUCCCUCUACCCUCAGAUCCAACUCAGAAAUUUUCAUACACUUAUCUUUUUAAAAUAGGCCAAUCCACAAAGGCUGGGAUUUAAUUAAUCUUCUUUGGACACCUGUUUGACACUUAUAAAUUAUGCUUUUUUUAAUAUAUGGUAUAGCACAUUAAAUAGUUGUCCAAAAGGGAAAAGUAUGCUUUCAUGUUCAUUUGGACAUUACCUUUUGCCAUUCAGAAAACCAGACAUAGAACCUGUUGCUGCCAUAUAGCAAUAAAGUUAGACUUGAAAGUUGCAGUUGAACUCCUGGAGCAGGAAUUAUCAUCCACAUUAUUUUUUAGUUCCCUUGAGGAAACCUGAAGGGAAAAGAUAGCUACUUUAAUAAUAUAAUACAAAAACAAAGAAAAAGUUCCAAACUUCCUGACAUGGUUGUGUAGUCUUGUACCUGUUGUUCUUUAAUGUCUUAUCUUCCCCAAAGAUACUUAAUUUUGUUUUCACCAAAGAGAGACUUCUUGGGUCAUGAAAUGUGGUAGGCAGAAUAACGGUUCUUCAAAGAUGUCCAUGUCCUGAUUCCCAGAACCUGUGACUAUGUUAGGUUAAUGUGACAAAGAGAAAUUACAGUUGGAAAGAUUAUCUUGUAUUAUCUGGGUGGGCCCAAUGUCAUCAAUCACAAGGGUAUUUAUAAGGGUGGGAAAGGGAGGCAAAAGAAAUGGCAGCAGAAGAAGAACAUGGCCUGCUGCUGGCUUUGAAGAUUGAGGUGGGGAGCCUUGAGCCAAGGAAUAUGAGCAGCCUUGAGAAGGUUGAAAAGGCAAGGAAACAGAUUUUUCGCUAAAGUUUCCAGAAAGGAACACAGUCCUACUCACACUUCGAGUUUAGCAUAGUGAGACCUGUAUUAGGCUCAGAUCUCUAGAACUGGGAGAGAGUAUAUUUAUGUUUUUUCAUUCCAUUAAGUUUGUGGUAAUGUGCUCUAGAAGCCAUAGGAAACUAACACAUAGCACAUCUAUUUAGUUUUUCACUAACAGCAUGAAUUUUACAUAUUGAUUAAUUGAAUCCUGAUGUGAAUGACAAUGUGAUUUCCUAUGAAUGUGAAUUCUAGUUUAUUAAGUCAUUCGUGUUGAUAAUAUGUUGGACGUUGAUGAAUGGACUUUUGUGUACCUGGGAGUCUUUGUUUGCUACCUCAUAGGAAUGGCAAGAAGUUCAUUGUGGCUAGAGAACAGGGAGUGUGUGUACAGUGAGGGUGGAAUGGGAGGAUGAGGCCAGAGAAAUAGAAUGAAGCUGAAAAGGAAAAGUGACCUUCAGAAGCCUUGGUUUCUCCUUCACAUGUCCUUUAAUAUUUGUAUUGUUUGUGCCUGUAGAAGUAAAUGCUGUUAAGUUGGAAUUACAAAAAGUUUUAUCAGCAUGACUUGGGCUAUAUAGAGUUGUGAGCAAUCAUUGCAUUUCACCACAGAAUGGCUCAUGGAGUGGCUUAUUCAUAUUAUAAGUGCACGAAGGAUUUAAUGGCAAAAAGGAAGGCAUGGUGUUUAGACAACACUUGAAAAAGAAUUAAGCAUUUCUGUCUCUCAGAUAUUCCCUGACCAUCUCAGAUAAACUUGCUUUUCUCCUUUCUGCCUUUUCUGGGAUGAGAAACUGUGAGAGCCCAGCAAAGAUUAGGAGGCUAGGACAAGUUGGGGAAAAAAAGACAUAGGCACAAAUAAAUUAAAGCUAUACUGCCUAUUUUAAAAAAUGUGUUUUUUGUGGUUUUGAAUCAGGCGGGUCACGUGCUAUCUCAGUUUGUGUGAGCUAUAUAGAAGGAUCAGGUGUUUGGAAUUGAGAAUAUGGAGAGGCAUGUGAUUGUUUCCAAUGGUGAGUUCUAGAAUAAUUCCAGGGAAUGAGUGGGAGGUAGGAUGGUGCACAGGAUUGUUGGAAGAGAGGAAGUAAAGGCCAAGAUGUUGGGCGGAUAGUUGUUACAGAUAUUAAAAUGCAAAAACAAUGACAGAAGAGAAUUCUGAGACUGAUGGUCAGCCAUAUAGAAGAAUACAUUGAACCUAUAGUUUUCUGAAGAAGCAAUUUAAAAGAUCCAAAAAACACAAAAGGAGAAGUACAAAUGUCUACCACAAGACGAAAACGUAAUAUGUUAUGUUGUUUACCGUAAGCUGUAGUAAAAUGAGCUCGAUUGUCGACAGAGAAGAUGGUAGUAUAUUUGAUGGGUUGGUGGAAGAAGAUGACAAGGACAAAGCAAAAAGAGUAUCUAGAAACAAAUCUGAAAAGAAACGUAGAGAUCAAUUUAAUGUUCUCAUUAAAGAACUGGGAUCCAUGCUUCCUGGUAAUGCUAGGAAGAUGGACAAAUCUACUGUUCUGCAGAAGAGCAUUGAUUUUUUACGAAAACAUAAAGAAAUCACUGCACAGUCAGAUGCCAGUGAAAUUCGACAGGACUGGAAACCUACAUUCCUUAGUAAUGAAGAAUUUACACAAUUAAUGUUAGAGGCUCUUGAUGGUUUUUUUUUAGCAAUCAUGACAGAUGGAAGCAUAAUAUAUGUGUCUGAGAGUAUAACUUCAUUACUUGAACAUUUACCAUCUGAUCUUGUGGAUCAAAGUAUAUUUAAUUUUAUCCCAGAAGGGGAACAUUCAGAGGUUUAUAAAAUACUCUCUACUCAUCUGCUGGAAAGUGAUUCAUUAACCCCUGAAUAUUUAAAAUCAAAAAAUCAGUUAGAAUUCUGUUGUCAUAUGCUUCGAGGAACAAUAGACCCAAAAGAGCCAUCUACCUAUGAAUAUGUGAAAUUUAUAGGAAAUUUCAAAUCUUUAAACAGUGUAUCGACUUCACACAAUGGUUUUGAAGGAACUAUACAACGCACACACAGGCCUUCUUAUGAUGAUAGAGUUUGUUUUGUAGCCACUGUCAGAUUAGCUACACCUCAGUUCAUCAAGGAAAUGUGCACUGUUGAAGAACCUAAUGAAGAGUUUACAUCCAGACAUAGUUUAGAAUGGAAGUUCCUAUUUCUAGAUCACAGGGCACCACCUAUAAUAGGAUAUUUGCCAUUUGAAGUUCUGGGAACAUCAGGCUAUGAUUACUAUCAUGUGGAUGACCUAGAAAACUUGGCAAAAUGCCAUGAGCACUUAAUGCAGUACGGGAAAGGCAAAUCAUGUUAUUAUAGAUUCCUCACCAAGGGACAACAGUGGAUUUGGCUUCAGACUCAUUAUUAUAUCACUUAUCAUCAGUGGAAUUCUAGGCCAGAAUUUAUUGUUUGUACUCACACCGUAGUAAGUUAUGCAGAAGUUAGGGCUGAAAGACGACGAGAACUUGGCAUUGAAGAGUCUCUUCCUGAGACAGCUGCUGACAAAAGCCAAGAUUCUGGGUCUGAUAAUCGUAUAAACACAGUCAGUCUCAAAGAAGCCUUGGAAAGGUUUGAUCACAGCCCAACUCCUUCUGCUUCCUCCCGGAGUUCAAGAAAAUCAUCUCACACAGCAGUCUCAGACCCUUCCUCAACACCAACAAAGAUCCCAACAGAUACUAGCACUCCUCCCAGACCGCAUUUACCAGCUCAUGAAAAGAUGGCACCAAGGAGGUCAUCAUUUAGUAGUCAGUCCAUAAAUUCCCAGUCUGUUGGUCAGUCAUUAACACAACCAGUGAUGUCUCAAGCUGCAAAUUUAACAAUUCCACAAGGCAUGUCCCAGUUUCAGUUUUCAGCUCAGUUAGGAGCCAUGCAGCAUCUAAAAGACCAAUUAGAGCAACGGACACGGAUGAUAGAGGCAAACAUUCAUCGGCAACAAGAAGAACUAAGAAAAAUUCAAGAACAACUUCAAAUGGUCCAUGGUCAAGGGCUGCAGAUGUUUUUGCAGCAGUCAACCCCUGGUUUGAAUUUUGGUUCUGUUCAACUUUCUUCUGGAAAUUCAUCUAACAUCCAGCAACUUGCACCUAUAAGUAUGCAGGGCCAGGUCGUUCAAACCAACCAAAUUCAGAGUGGAAUGAAUACUGGACACAUUGGCACAACUCAGCAUAUGAUACAACAGCAGACUUUACAAAGUACAUCAAGUCAGCAGAGUCAACAAAAUGUACUGAGUGGGCACAGUCAACAAACCUCGCUUCCUAGUCAGACACAGAGCACACUCACCACUCCGCUGUAUAACACUAUGGUGAUCUCACAGCCGGCAGCCGGAAGCAUGGUCCAGAUUCCAUCUAGCAUGCCACAGAACAGUACCCAGAGCACUGCUGUAACUACAUUCACUCAGGACAGACAGAUCAGAUUUUCUCAAGGUCAGCAGCUUGUGACCAAAUUAGUAACUGCUCCUGUAGCUUGUGGGGCGGUCAUGGUACCCAGCACAAUGCUCAUGGGGCAGGUGGUGACUGCCUACCCUACGUUUGCUACCCAGCAGCAGCAGCCACAGGCACUGCCAGCCACACAGCAGCAGAACUCCCAGGAACAGCCGCUUGCUUCAGUUCAGCAACCUUCUCAGGCUCCGCUGACCCAACCACCACAGCAGUUUUUACAGACUUCAAGGUUGCUCCACGGGAAUCCUUCGACUCAGCUUAUCCUCUCUGCUGCAUUUCCACUACAACAGAGCACUUUCCCUCAGUCACAUCACCAGCAGCACCAGUCUCAGCAACAGCAGCAACUGAAUCGGCACAGGACUGACAGUUUGACCGAUCCUUCCAAGGUUCAACCACAGUAGCACACAUCCCUCCUCUCUGAUCUCAGGAGGAAGGGGUUGUCCUUAAGAGUUGCUCAGAUGAUCUGAGACUAGGAGGAGAAGGUCCAGCAGUUUCACAAGAUGCAGUAUUGAGUGUUCUAGUUUCUGGACUUAGUUAGCAGGGAAAGUGCUGCCUAGUGCUACAGAUGUACAUUAAAUACCAGCCAGCAGGAGAUGAUCAUGGGGCCAUAGCCAAUUCUGACAGUGUUUUACUCGCCCAGCUAUUUUUCAAAUGGAAAGAUAGAUUGCCAAAUGUUAAGCUCAGCUAUGAAACAUGACCUCCGGUCAAUCAGAAAGGCACUAACAAUGUUAGUAACUUUUAGUGGUUCUGUGCCUGUUUUCAAGUGUUACAGAGGACACGCCACUGUCAUGUCAGGGGUUUGCGUACAACGAUGCCAUGAAGAUAGUCCGGUAGACCCAGUAGACCCCGUCCCCAUCCCCUCUCCCUUUUCAGAUAAUGAUUGAAUAGUAAUUUCAGAAUGUCGUGUGGUUCAAAUGCUCUAUGUACAGAUACUGUAAAAAUAUUAUGUAUAUGUCUGGAUAAAAGGAGAGAAAGCAAAACAUUUUGUAAGCUGCAUGAAAGCAUUAUCUCCUCUUAGGUAUGAGUAUAUUUCCUUAGAUUCUGACGCCAUGUGCAAACUAGUACAUCCUCUGUUUCCCCUCUUGUUUACAACACGGUAGUGUUCUCACUUUUCCGGGGCACAAGGCUUUUUGUUCAUACUUUGGCUGUGAUGUCACAGUUUGUUCAGUGAGGUAUGAUGUGCUGCUGGGAAUGGAUAUUUUUUUCUAGGUUAAAUUAUUGAGACAACAGGAUUUUCAAGUUACUCAGAAAUAUCCUUUAUUUCAUUAUUUUUCAUUUAUGUUUGAAAAUAGGAUUUGCACUGCUUUAUUUUAGAUGGUUGGAAGUUUUGGUCACAUAUUUUGAUAUAUAGUUCAUAGUUGGAAAUAGUUGUGUAAAUGGUUUUCAAUAAGCCUGAAAGUAAUUUCAAGAAUGUUUCAGUUAUAGGAGUAAAAUUUGCACACAAAAGAUUUUAGGCACUUUUUAACAUUCUCACUGGUGGGAAUUUUAACUUUUAGGAUUUGUUGGAAUCUUUUUAUUAUCCUUCACAAUUUCAAUGCUUCUUUUAGUCAGAAAUGAUUCAGGGUUAUUUGAGGGGAAAAAAAAACCCAUAGUGCCUUGAUUUUGAUUCAGGUGAUAACUCACCAUCUUGAAUUCAUUGUCUGGUUUCAGUAGCAGUUUUGAAACCUUAGUACAUUUUUAACAGCAUGUGGGUGUCAGUGCCAUUAUGAUUCUCCUAAGUUUCCACGAAGACUGCUUUGAGUCUCUUGGACUGGAGGUACAAGUAACUUAGAAAUAAAUACAAGGUGACAUCCUGACACUAUCAGAGUCAUUGAUGUGAUCACAAAAUUGUUUCCUAAAUCAGCAUCUUCCUUUAAAGCUGAACAGUUAAGAAUUACCUGUCAAUGUUUUCUAUAUAUGAUCUUGAUAUUCCUACAAAGAAAAAAGAAGGGGUAAGAAUUGGCUUUGCCUUUACUAUAACACUAGAAUAUUGUAACUCACAUGCUUUCUAAACGUGAACUAAGAUUUCAUUUGGCAAUAUUAGAUUCUAAAGGUAAUAAAUUCCAACAGAAAUUACAUACAUAAAAAGAUCAUCUUAGAGCUUUUAUGGUACUAAUAAUUAAAUUGACAACCACAGAGCAAAGGAAAAUUAAUGGAAAUACCUUAUUAAAAUAUCAAAAAUUAUUACUGAAGGGAGGAUAGCAAGCUGUAGUUAACUCAAAAUUGACCUUAAAAGGAAAUGUGUAACAGAACUGAAAAAGGUUUUGAGCAAUGAAAAUAUUGUACUAUAGAAUUGCUCGACAAAGGAGUCAGAGGAAUUUCUAAGACCGUUCUUAUGACUUUUCUGUCCUUCACUUUGCUAUCAUCCCAAAAGGAUAGACUUUGUCUUUCUACAGACAACUCUACCUGGCCACACAUCUAUUAGAGAGUUCAUAUUGAAGAAGAAAAUAACCAAAGAAAGUUGGUACCUAGCCUUCUACAAAAGAAGUGUCACUGGAUACCAAUCAAUAAUGAACAUAUCAAGAAGCUCCUCUUCUAGCUAAAUGAUCUGGAUGAAGAGAUUUCUGACUUCCUCAUGAAUGUCAAGAAUAGCUGUCAGAAUAUGUAUGUAACUUGAGCGUAGGUACACAUAGGUGAAAUUGAUGUAGAAUAUGGCAACAGUAUUAGUUUUCUCCCCUUUCAGAUUGCCUUUCUCAACCUUACCAUGCCAUUCCAUAUAUCUGAGUUGUGCCUCAUUUAUUUAUUGGCAAUAUUUAGUGGUAUGGAUAACAAAAGAUAUGAAGAACUAUAAUAUUUAUUAAGAUUUAUCCUCUAAAUACCGUACUUAAAGGGAAAGAUGGUGAACGGUGAGUACUGUGUACUUAGGUCUUCAAAGGCAAAGCAGAAGACAAGCCACAAGGUAAAUCUGUAGACUGUUCACAUUCUCCUCUACCAGUCCCUUCAAGUAUUUUCCAUCCUCAUAGAUAUUUGGGAAGGAAAAUUAGACAAAAUGAUGUUUUGUAAUUCCUGUUGUUCCUCACAGCCCAUUUUUGCCCUGCUUAGAAUUGAUUGAAUUUAAAGGGACAGCUAGCUGUUUUCCCUUGGCUGUCAAUAUAUAGUGUUGUCGAAGAGCUAGUAAGCGCCAACUGCCUCAGCUCCUCUGUGUCCCGUUCCACCCCCCCCACCCCCCUCCCCCCCGCCCAGCCCCCGGUUUUUCUUGAACUUGGGUUGCAGAGCUGCCCCUGCCCCUCCCCCAUAAUUGAGACUUGAGCAUUCUGAUGAAGACUGGGCAGUUGCCUGAUCUUCGUUCCUGUAGCCAAAGUUGUUCAUUAAAAUCCCAAAUCUACGUAAUGAAAAAAUACCAAAUACAGACACCUUUCAGCUACUUAAAAGUCACCAUCUUCCCUCCGCUGUACUCUUACAGCGAUUCAUUUUUUCUUACAAAACAUUUUAUUCUGGGUGGCACUUUUUAAGUGACAAAGUAUUGAAGAUCUGGAAAAACGUGAGCUGCUCUGCAGUCGCCCUGCUCUGCACUGUGGUGGCCCCCGGUGCCAGUGCUGUUAAACCCUUCAGGCGAGGCUGCGGGGGUCAGUCACGUUGCUGCUAAGAGUGGUGUCAGACCAGAACCCAGAUGCUCAAAAGUACUCUGAUUUUUGAGCUGGAAUAUAUUGGAGGAAAAGCAAAUAUGAGGAAUGGGGAUGGCAAUAGGUAAAUACUACUGUUCAGUCUCCAAACUCUGUCCUAAGCUGAGGGGGUAAUUCGAGUCCCAUGCUCCGCUUUGUUACUUACAUCUGGUUUAGGAAUGUACUAGUAAUAAAGGAUGCCAGUGACUUUGAAUAGGUGGUUACAGAAUACUUAGUGCAGAAGAGUGAAAAUGUUAUUUGCAUUCUUCAGAAGUGCUAAGAGUCUUUGGUCAUUGCCUUAAAGCGGUCUGCUUGCAGUUAGUUAAGGGCACUGAAGCAGUGCAGCUCCAUGCAGGGCAUUGCAGUGAAGGGAGAUGAACCUUUGUUCAAGAGGCCUUAGAAAGGGGCCCCUCGAAAUAGUACUCUUUCUCCGGCUCCACAGUGGUGAAAAUUAUUUUCAACUGGAUAUUAUUCAACUUGAUUUCUAAUGUUUCCACUACAGUGAGGUAAACCUUUUCCUUUUUUUAAAGUGGAAUGCAAAUAGCAUUUUACUUUGGUAUUGCUCGUUUCUCCUUUUUUUCUUUUUCUCUAUUUCUUUGGUGAUUGAGUUUGUUGAUGAUGGACAUUUGUGGAAAACUCAUUCAAGUCUAUAACCUUUCCAAUAUCUGUGAUCCUAUUCCUAGUCCCUUGGGAGUCAGUGUUGGAAGGUAUAAACACUGGAUAUUACUAUUGCUGAGUGAGUCUAGCCAGGAGUGAGCAGAUUGGAAUUUUCAAAUGGUGGAAAAGGAACAGCACAAAGGCACUUGCCAUUUUAAUUAGCAAUUGGAGAGAGAGACCCUUUUAAGUUUGUUUGGGUUGGGUGAGCAUUCCUCUAAAAGGAGCUUCUGAAAUAAAUGCAAAGGAAAAGAGUCGACUAUUUUUAUAGCAUAUUUAAUAUAUUUGUAUAUAACUAUGAAUAUGGUAGGAACCCUCCACAUGCCUCCACUUUUCUAAUUUACUCCCCCUUUUGCCAUAGCACUAGUAUAGCCUCAUCCGCAUGGGUAACGUGCCUAUUGUCAGCCUACCAAAAGAUAGCGCUGCUGCUUUCUGAGACAGGUGAGACCACCCAACUCUCAUGCCUGGGGAUCCUUUCUGUAGGAAUAGCACACACUUCGAAAACAACAUAACCACAGUCUGAAAGCAUCAUUUUGAAAUGUAACAAGCACUUUAUUGCAACUAUUCAUUUUGAUAAAGUUUAUUAUCUUAAGCAUUACCAUUUCUAAAGGAUCCCCAAAUCAUCACUUAGGUGAAAUUUUAAAAUGAUACAUUUCUGAGAAAUGUUUAGAUCCAGUGAACCGUAGCAGGUUUCUGGGAGUGAUUUCAAGGUAGCCAAAUGAACUUUGACUUUGGUUCUGAAUGUGGCGGAGUCAAGAGAUUGUAGAUGGCUAGUUCCGUUUCGACACUAUUGUAAACCUGUCUUGCCUAUCAUGUAGACACCAAAAGAGACCAAUGAGCCUGUUUAUUUUCAGAGGCCUAGGACAGUUGCAUCAGUGUGAAUAGAUGUAUAGAACUAACCUAAAAGUGACUGGUAGUAAUAUUUUAGAAUAUGAUAAUUUCAAGAAUUCUUCUGGGUGUUUUAAAUGUGCUCUGAAAUGUUGGCAUGUCAUUUCAGCGUUUCCAUUUGAAUUGCUCUUAUAAUCUCUUUUGCACAAAAAGGACUGAGAAAAAGACAACUUCAGUUGAAGAAAAGUAUAAUUUGGUCUUAUUUUAAAUAUGUCUCCUGUGGAAACACAGGGGAUGAAUUUUGUUGGUAUAGUUAGUUAUUAAUUCAGGAUAUUUAAAACAGUAUUGAACAGCUCACAAGAAAUUCAGCAAAUGUGGACAUUUAAAAAUUAAAACUUUGUUUCCAUGUGACUGUUUUGCAUAUUUUCCCCCUUGUCAUAAUUUAACACUACAUUCCUUGUUUUUCUUAAAUAAAAUAAUACUUUGCAGGUUCUGCUUUGAGUAUUUAACAAUAUUUUUGUAAGCUGCCUGGGUCUUCCUAGGGAAACGUUUAGUGAAGUAGGACAUAGUUUAUGAAGAGACUGUUGAAGUGGAAUCCCAUCACCACCACCAGCAAACACUGAGGUGCUGCAUUCAGUGACAAUCAAAAUAGUGAGUAUUUAUGGAAGAAUUUAGAACGUGAUUUUAAAGAGGCAAUUGCUUUGAAAGCAGUUCUCUGGGUUUGUUGAAUGAAAAUGGCUAAAUGUAUUUAUUUAUAUUUUUAAAUAUCUGUGUUGUUUUCUCAUCAGAGUGAUUUCACAGUGUCAUGUAUUUAAUUUGUGGUUUGUUUUGUUCUGCUUCGUAAUCUUCUACUUAAAAGAACUGGCUCCUCUAUCUGGGGGCGCAGUCUCCAGCCCUCACCAGGACUGUCCCUGGGCCAAUCCAAAUCUGUUUUACUUCAGGACGGCAGUGGAGGGCCCAAAGCCGGAUGCCCUGGCACUUCCCUCCUGUUCUCAACUCAUUUAAGAAAAAAUAAAGGUAACUCCUUCCAAAUCUGCUUUGUAUAGCUCCAACCUUUUUUCUAGUUUCACUUGCUGCCUUUUCUAUUUUAUGGGUACUUUUUAUAGGAUUACUUCCCCAAUGCAGCCAAAGGCCAGUAGGACAGAACCAGUGGCACACAUUGCCUCUGUUCUGCCCAUUUGGGGAAAUGUUAGUAAGAAGAUCGGCAUCUUCGAAUGGCUGUCACUAUCAUAUCCAUAGUAAAGCCCAUUUCAAGUCCUUAAAUACAGGUGGAACAACGUAUGUGCACUGUACUCUCCUACAAAAACUGUUUGCUGUCUUUAGGGUACUGUUGCUUGGCUCUACAAAAACAAGGCCUUCAUACACAGUACUAGCCACUCAAGUAGUGUUGGGACAUUUGAAGCCUACAAGUUGGAGGAUACUUCUUAGCUAGUAUACAUCGGAACAGAAUUCUCCAUUCUAGGGCUCUCCGAGGAGCUCUUGAGUCCCACAGGCCUCCAGCGGCGUGUACCAUCUAGCUUUCGGGACCCCUCAGAGAAUGAUAACCAAAGCAUGUCAGCCACAAGUUGGAUUUAAUGAUGUAGAACAUGUUUAACUCUGAGGCUUAAAAUGAAAAUGUGUUUCAAAUGUAUGCUUUUAUUUCUGAGGAAACAAACUGUGACAUCGCUUAAAAAAUGACAUUCAAAUGUUUUAUGUGUGUUUUGAGUUAUUCUGUACUGGUGCAAAUUCACUGCUGGCAAUGGUUGUGCCAGUACUAAAGAGUUAGUAGAGAAAGCUCUAUUAUCCUUAGAUUGAUGUAUUAUGUACCUAGACAAUCAUCAAGCAAAACAAAGUUGGCCAGGAAAUGUCUUUUCCCCCCCCCCCCCAUGUCAGCUAGAACAGCUGUUAACUUUAGACCAUUCUAGAAUUAUUUUGGAAUCUGUUUUACUAUGGCGUAAGUUGGGGAAGGGCCUCAGUAUGGCACUUGCACAUUUACUCUAUGUAGAGAUGGAAGCCCAAAGAUGAGUCACAUUCAGUGCUGUGUUGAAACCAGUUAGUGCAAAAAAGUUUUAUCUUUGUAAAUUUUUAAUUGUUAACAUCAGUUAGUAGCUGUAAAAACAUACACGAAAUUCUUUCUAAUGUUCUGUGUGAUUCUUGGUUGUGCUACUCUUGACAUUGCUGUCCUUACUGCUUGGUUCUUGGUUUUAGAUAAAAAUUAGAUGUAGCCCAUUGUCUUAACUUCCAAAAAGGUAGAGCUAUAUGUACAUGGCUAACUGAUCUUAAGAAUACGUACUUUUCCUAAAGCAAACAUUGAAUUGAAAUCCAAACUGAUUUACAAAAACGAGAUGGACAUCUUGUAGGUAUUGUAUUCUGCCCCAAUCCUAAAUUGUACCGAAGCACAAAGGGAUAAUGAAUGGUUUCAAUGGUGCUAUCUUAGGUUCUCUGCUGAUUUUCAUGAGCUGUGUUUGGAAGUACAAUAUUACAUAAAACGUGGAUCAUUUUGUUACCAACUUACUAUUGCCAUUUUAAUUUGGUGUUACAAUUGGUUGCACUUGUUUUUCAGCACUGUCCUUUGAGAAGAGGUAACGUGUUUUAUUAGCCUACCUCCACUCAGGCCUCUUGGUGUAUGAUCAUUUCUCCAGGUUAUGAUGUGCAUAGUUUUCUAAAACUACAUGUACUAUUAUUAUAUUGCUCUUUCCCGUAGACUUUUGUAAUGUAUUCCGAACCUAAAAUCAUAACAAAAGAGCCAAGCAGUAGCAUCGGUUGGUUUUUUUUGUUUUGUUUUUCGUUUUUUUUUUUUUUUUGUAAAUGUAAAACUAAUUAGAUCCAGACUUUGUUUCCUUACUCAAUUUUAAAAAUAAAAAAUACCUCAGUGCUA